AUGAUAUAUAUAGUAAUGACAAAAACAGCACACAUAUCCUUUUGACAAAUGCCUUGCAUUGAAGCUAAGAACUGAUUCAUGAUUCAAUUUGCCAGCUGUGUGAAAUUUUAUUCAAAAAUUAUAGCUUAUUUUCAUGCUGUUGUAACUGUCCACUAUUUACACUUUCAGCAUUAUUGUUGGAUUUGGUAGGUAGAAUAAGUGUAACAAAAGCCUCUUACUGUAUGUUGUGUGUUGUACUAGUAUGUUAAUACUUAUUACCUUUUGAAAUAAAUCUGUCCAUAGUCCAGACAAAAAUGCAUACACAACGAAAAAAUAAAUGAUAGCUAGUGAGUACUUUCCACUUUACAUGCCAUUAAUAAAUGCAUACACUUCUAGUACUUCAGUUUAUAACUGAUUGCACUAUAAACAAGAGAAAAGUUGUAAAGUCAGACAACAGGCGUUUCACUUGUGUGUAUAGUUAAUCAUUACAAUACAGUAUAAAGGUCCAUGAUGAACCUUAUGAGAUGCUCAGUACAGUACAUAAUCAUAAGAGGAAAUGUAUUUUUAAAAAACCUAUGGCAUGGUAAUAUAGGCAGAUAAGACUGAUAUGAAGAGUCAGUUGAAGUGUAGAUUUCCUUUAUGGUUGAUAAGAGUAGCAGUCUGAAUGUUUGUCUUGGCCAGUGAGACUUUAUUAGCAGCAUCCUGCCUGAAAUUAUUGAUAGAGGACAAUGGUACUGUCUGAUGAUAUUUGCUUUCCUUCUGAUAAUGUACAGGUUAGAUAGCUUGUAUUGGGUGGUGCCAGAUAUUUUACUUCUGGUUUAGAGGUAACAUUGCCAAAAUAAUGAGUGUGAAUGUUUUUAAAGCCCAUGGUACAAAUCCAUAUCUUGGGUUGAAACACUCAGAUAUUAUUAUUCCAAACAAAUCCAAAAAAUGGAUAAACUAGAACUAGAAAUCAAAGACCAAAGAUGGAAAUAUUACAGUGCCUUGCAUAAGUAUUUAGCACCUUUAACUUUUUCCACAUGGAAUUGAAAUGGACAUAAUUGGGAUUUUUGCCAUUUCAUUUAGACAAUAUGUGUAACAAGGACUCAAGAAAUUUCCCCUUCCCUGUCAGCAGAUGCUGUACUCCUGACUUCUAGCGUGAUCUCUGACACUCACGCUCACUAUUAGGUCACUUCCUGGCUCUUUGAUCAUGGACUUACUGAUUCCUAGUGUUUUGUUUAAGUUCUGAGCUGUGCUUUAUCUUCUGUAUGGUUCAUGACCCUGACUAUCAUGGUAUUCUGUCUCUUGGAUGAAGGGUUGAAGGGUUCAUAUCUACCUGGGGCAGAAAAAAAAACAGAAGAGCAGAAAAAAAACAAGACCCUGGGGAGGUUUCCAUCACCGUCACUAUAUAAGCAUCACAACUUACCUCAGUGUGUUACAUCAAGUAAGAAGAGACUCCUGAUUAGAUUGCAUGAACUAUGGCUCGUCAGACUGAAGUGGUGUUACUUCUUAUUCUCGCCACAGCAGCAACAGCUUGGGGUACUACAGUGAUGACUCUCUCGGAUGCUGAUUUUGAUAAGAUCGUACAGGAAGCCAAACACCGGGAAGUAAAUGACAGAUGUUCCAGAUGUUGUCCAUCUGGCUGGGUGCAACAUGACGGACGCUGCUUCAUCUAUCAGGCCACCAACUUGAUCUGGGCUUCUGCUGAGAAACACUGUCUGAGUCUCGGUGGACACUUGAUCUCAAUACACAGUGAAAAUGAUUACCGGCUGGCCAAGUCCAUUAUCCGUACAUAUGACCACGGGGAGAGUCCAACAUGGAUCGGCCUUUCUAGCUGUCAGCAGAAAAAUAAGUUUUUUUGGUCUGAUGGCACCAAAUUGACUUUCACCAAGUGGAACUCAAAAGAACCAAAUCAUCUACUUGGAGAGUGCUGUGUGCAAAUGAACUAUGGCAAAACGAAGGACUGGAAUGACAUUAACUGUAAAAAGAAAUGUCCCUUUGUGUGUGCCAGGAGGCUUAAAUGAAAUGCUCACAGCCUCACCUUACCUACUAUUACACUAAGUUUUUCUUGUCACUGAUGGAUUUACAAAAACAUCACUGUGCCAAUUUAGUAUAACUUGAGCAAUAAAAAAAAUCUUUAGA